CGACUGGUCGCCCAUUGGGCCAUGCCCUGGCAGCUAGCAGCGGCUAUACCCCCCUCGACUCGCGACUCGUUCAUAUCUCUCACCAUCUAUAACAGCAGCUCGCACACAUUCAUAUACUUGCUUCAAGUAGCACAUCACUCUAGAUUCUACUGUACAACCACAUAGACACGAAGCAAAGAUGUCUUUCCGUUCUGCUUUCACCCCCGCUCUCCGAGCUUCCCGUUCGGCCAUUCGACCUGCUAUCAGGUCGAGGGUCGCCGUUCGAGGAUACGCUACCGAGCCCGCUGCCAAGUCUAGCAACAACACCCUCAUCUGGGCCGCUCUCGCUGCCGGUGUAGCGGGAGCUGGUGGGUACUACUUCUACGGCACCGAUGCCACCCCCGCUGAGAGGGUCGAGGAGCUCAAGACUGCCGGACGAGAGGCCGAGCAGAUCGCCGAGGCCAAGACUGGACUCGGGUUGAAGAAGAAGGAGGACUACCAGAAGGUUUACAACAGGAUCGCCGAGAUGUUGGAGGUCGACGAUUACGAUGACGGCUCGCUCGCCCCCGUCCUCAUCCGUCUCGCUUGGCACGCUUCGGGUACCUACAACGCUGCCGACAACUCGGGUGGUUCCAACUACGCUACCAUGAGGUUCAAGCCCGAGUCGGAGCACGGUGCCAACAACGGUCUCGGAAUCGCUCGAGACCACAUGGAGAAGAUCAAGAAGGAGUUCCCCUGGAUCUCUUACGGUGACUUGUGGACCCUCGGUGGUGUCUGUGCCGUCCAAGAGGCCGCCGGCCCCAUCGUUCCCUGGAGGCCCGGUAGGAUCGACGGUUACGACCACCACUGUACGCCUGAUGGCAGGUUGCCCGACGGUUCCAAGGCUCAGGACCACUUGAGGGACAUCUUUUACAGGAUGGGCUUCAACGACCAGGAGAUUGUCGCCUUGUCCGGUGCUCAUGCUAUGGGACGAUGCCACACCGACCGAUCCGGUUUCGACGGUCCCUGGACUUUCUCCCCUACGACCUUUACCAACGACUACUUCAAGUUGCUCUUUGACGAGAAGUGGUCCUGGAGGAAGUGGGGCGGACCCGCCCAGUUCACCGACAGCAAGACCAAGUCGUUGAUGAUGUUGCCCUCGGACAUGUCUCUGACCAAGGACAAGGAGUUCAAGAAGCACGCCAAGGCUUACGCAGAGGACCAGGAUUUGUUCUUCAAGGACUUUGCCAAGGUCUUCAACAAGCUCAUCGAGUUGGGUGUUCCCAAGGCCCAGUUUGCUAGCGAGCCUUACCACCUGAAGACCAUGGACGAGCAGGAUGUUGCCCGUUAAGCCAGCUUCGGGUGAUGCGUGAAGGGGAUCCCAAGCUGGACUGUCAUCUCAAACCCGUGCAAUCGGGUUCGGCGUGCCGGGUUCAGCUCGGUUCUACCUUUGAGCCGUCGGAACUGUUGCCUCAGGGACCGACCCUGAUGAUAUCCCUUUGAUCGGUCACAAAAAGUGUCUUGUAGAUGUCAAAUACCUAUCCUAGUCUAUUCUAUAUUUUACUUCUCGACUUUGGAUUCGGCAAAGGGUCGCAAGGAGCUAAAUUAGGGGCGUGACACAUUGUGGAUCGUUUCGGCUGAGGAGGUUGGUGAUCGAGAUGUGUCAGUUCACGUCUGCGCGUCUGAUGAAUCGAGGCUUGUUGAGAUCUCGGUGGUUUCGAA